AUGCGAGCGCCGCGCGCUCCGGGGCUGCCUUCCCUCGAGGCUUCGGCGGUGCGGCCUGGGGAAAGCAGGGUUUGAAAGCAGAGGAGGCGCGGCUAGCCCGGGAACGGCGAGGGAGCCCCUAACAAAGCAGCUUUGGGAGGGCCGAGCGCCUCCGCCUCCUCCGGCAAUAGGUCCGCGAAGCUGCCUGUCACCGUGCAGAGGUCGAGGUGGCCAAUGACGUACAGAGAAAGAGCUCGAGUUGGCCGCGCGCGCGCGCGGCUCCACAUUAGUGGGAUUGGUCGGAGGUAAAGGAUUUUCCUGCCACCUAAGGCUGAGAGGAAAGGAGAACGAACGGAACGGGGGAGGGGAAGAGCGAAAAAACGUUGUACCUGCGACACGUGGUCUGACUUGGGAGGCGUGUGCCUGACUCUAGGGGGAGACAAGAACUUUUUUACCAGAGGAAAAAACCCUAACGUAAUCCCUCCCUGUGGAUGCUGGGAGACGUUAGCGCUCGCCAGGCUCCAGGUGGACCACCGUGGCCUUACCCGAAUCCUGGGGAGUCCAGGAAUCACCGCGUUGACUCAAGUUGCCAGCAAGUGAACUUGAAAUAAUAGCGUGGAGCUCGGGCCUCACAGUCACCUACUUGGCCGAGUACGUGACUCGGGCAAGGUCCGCACAAACCCCCUGGUCUCCUCUGUAAAAUCCGGAAACGACGUUUGCCGUUUACCUUUCGCGAGGUUCGGAGGGACACGGAAAACUGAACGCUGGAGUCGCGAACGAAAGCUCUUCCUCACACGGGACCAGUGCUUCCCCCUCACCUUAGGAGUCUUGGACUACUCCAUUCCUGACAGGCCGGGGUGAAUAUUCCUCGCAACCCGAUUCGGUGGACCCAUUUGGCCCGUGUGAGUGGUAAAGCCUGAGCUCCCGGGGUUAUCUAAUAGCUGAAAACAAAAGGAAACGCAAAAGGAAAUACGUUCACACAGUAGACGUUUGCUCGACUCCAACUAAGCAACAGAUAGGUUUGUGGACACAGGGCACUCCUGUAUCCAGGCAAGGUUAGAUACCCACCCCCUCUACCCCCAGUAUUCCCUCUGACCCCUGUAUUAUUAGUACACGGUGCUGAAAUUGCCAUUUAAUUGUGUGCUCCAUUCGAUCCAGAGCUUAUCUGUCGCGUUCUCUGCUGUAUCCCAGUGCCUAACACAGUGCUUCGUACAUUUAGGGUGCUCAAAAAUAUUUAAUCAAUGAAUUAUAGAAGAGCUAAACUUAGAGGAAAGACCUCUGAAGAUUUGAAGGACUUCUAAAACAUCAGUUUGAGAAGAAUGGUUAGGAUAGUAGGUCUCAGAGUGAUACGUCCACCGGGUCCCACCAUGGGUGUUGCCGAGGUUUUUGAGUGACGUUUGAGAGAUUUUUCCAAAAGACACCCUUUCAAAAAACUACCUUCAUCUCAGCCAAUACCUUGCCCAAGCUUCUAAGUGGAGGGUCGUUCCUUUGUGAAGUUUUCCACCCAAGGAGAAAGCAAUUUCUUAACCUGUUACAAGCCACCAUCUUGGAAGGGGAAAUAUAUUUAUGUAUCUGAGUAUAAGUGGACCCAUGUGGUUCAAAGCCAUAUUGUUCAAGGGUCAUCUGUAGUUGGAUCUCUUCUCUGUCUCUCUCAGGGCUGCUGCCAUCAUGGCCCUCCCCUUAAGGAGGUAACGUAGCUGCAAGGUGAGCUUCAGAUGAAUAUCCAGAGUGGCCAUCUGAUUGCCUUGGGCAUAGCUCUUUCUGCUCCUAAGAAAUCCUAAAGCAGUUAAGAAACAACCCUUGUGUCAGACUGGCUGGUCUGAAUCCAAACUCCACCACUUUCAAGCUCUGGAGGCUUGAGUAGGUUACUUAAUCGUUCAUAAGCCUCCCUUUCUUAUUCUGUAAAACAGGAGUAAUACACCCAAUCCACAAGGAUGUAGAGAAGAUUUAAAAGAGGUCACACAGGGGUGGCCGGUGAACUCAGCUGGUUAGAGCAUGAUGCUCAUACCACCAGUGUUGCCGGUUCAAUCCCCGCAUGGGCCAGUGUGAGCUGCACCCUUCACCACUAGAUUGAAACAACUACUUGACCUGAAGCUGAUGGGUCCUGGAAAAACACUUAAAAUAAAUAAAAGUUUAAAAAAAAAAAAAGGUCACACACACAGCAUAGAGCAUGCACUCAUAAAAGUUAGCUAUUGGGUUUAGCUAGGUUAACUAAAGUCUCUGAACCACAGUUUCCUCAUCUUUAAAAUGGAAUAAUAAUGUUUCAUUAGUAGUUGGAGAACCUGAAUGAGACGAUAUAAGAGAAAUCCUUAGCGCUGCCCAUAAAGGGGAGAUGGAUACACAAGACACCCACCGUUUCUGUCACACCCACCUACAUCAACACGUCAGAACUUGGCCUCUCGAUCUGCUCAGGGCUGACCUUGGGAGCCAUUGUUUCCAAAAUCAUGACUACCACUGAGGUUAAUGGAUGGAAUUAAGCUGCUCUGUCCCUUGGGUAUAUUUCUUGACCUCAAAUCUGAAAAGCUAUGCAGGCUUCUGUGCUGUUUUUUGUCUGCUCUGCACAGUGUGUUGCUGCUUCACACGGUGGCAAAGAGAAUGGGGCGUUUUCAUUAAAACACAGACAAAUGCCAUCUGGCAGUGUAUUCUGGCCUCCCAUCUCCUGAGGGCACUGUUGACAUCUAAAGAGAGCAUAGCAUUGGCAGUAAAAAAACUGGAGAGGUCAAAGGCAGAAUUAAGGGUUUGGGACAGGAGAACCAGCAGAAAUUACAUUUCUAGUACAUGACCUCAACUUGGGGUCCAUAUCUUCUUCCCCACCAGUUAUUGAAAGCCUGACUAAAUACAAUCCUGGAGAACUUACAGCAAAUGGCCCCGCCUAGUGAGGCUACAGCACAGAGAGGAGCCCACGCCCUGCACCCUCGGCAGCCCUGCACUGACCUGCUCUUCCAUUCGAACAGAUGCUCCCCGAGGGCAAGUGUGUGUUUGGUUCACUGGUGUAACCCGUGUCUAGCACAGGGCCUGGCAUAUGGUAAAUGCACUAUAAAUAUUUAUGGAAUGAGCGAAGUUUAACUUUUUGCAUUCGCUACCAAGAGGAGUUUGGCACUUAUUUUCUGUCAUGUAU